UCUGGGGUAAGCAGUGCUUCUGUGACUUCUUCUGGGAGCGAACAUAUUUCUUUAGUGGACUACGUUCAUUCUGUCAUCAUUGACUGUUCAUCAUUCAGUUUUGUUGACUCCAUGGCUGUAACAACUCUGUCCCAGGUACAGUGCAAACUUGUAGUCAUCUACUAAUAACACUUAUAUGUAGUUCGGCCUUGGCAAUUCCAGAGAUCAGCAAAACCUCAAUCCCUAAUUGUUUAAUAUUUGGGAAGAAUAAAUGUAAAAUAAUGAUUAACAACUAUUGAAUGAGAUUCAGCUCUAUAAGGCCUUGAUAAUUCUUCACAACAUGCAAAUCUGAACCAUAUUCAAUAAUUGUUUUUUUUUUAUAUAUUUCAAAUAUGAAACAGUGGCCGGUUGUAUAGGAAGCCGUUUGGUUAGGCACACAAUUCAGAGCGUUGAAUAUUAUUUCUUCAUAUCAAGGUUAUGACGUCACUCCGUUGAAUAUUAUGUCAUAACUCCAUAUUUGAUCAGCUGUUCAGUUGAUAUUUAUCACUUAUUUACUGAGACCUCGGGAAACAGUGUGUUUUGUGGACCCGAGACCGCCGUUCGCCGAGGGCAACAACGGCGGUCGAGGGGCCACAAAACACACUGUUUCCCGAGGUCUCAGUGUGUUUUGUUAUAUAGUAUAUAAGUGUCAAAGUAUGAAUAAUUUACCGGUUAUUGGAGUGAACUUAAUUUGAAACCAAAACUGGACAAGUGGAACGCCGUAAAUGUUUAGUAAAAAGUUUAAAAAAUGAACUUUGGAACUUCAUGGUUGACACGCAUGCGUAUUGCACCCAUUUUAUUAUUGACCGGUCAAUAAAUGUUUCAUUGCGGACCGGUUGCCGAACAUGACGUUUUGUGGACCGGCACGUGACACGGUUUUGACCAAUCGGCAAACAGAAAAAUUGAACUUUGACACUAACCAUAUGACAAGACGAUUUCCAAUCAGAAGUCAUGAAUUCUUUUAAGUGAAUUAUAAUUGCUAUUAUGCUAAUGUUACCCAUGAAGUAUAGUUACUCGCUCAACCAUUUUGUACUUUAUUAUCUAAUUGAUAUUUUUAUUGUUACAGAUUGCUCAAGAAUUUGAACGACAGAGUGUGAAACUUUAUUUGGUCAAUUAUUCGUGUAUGAUAUUCACAUUAUUCUUGUAUAGUCUGUUCAGAUGUUUUGAUACGAAACUUCUCCGAAUUCUAUAAUUCGUCAUUCCCCAUUCCGAAUAAACAACGUGCGAGUAUAUAUGGCCAAAAAUAGGACUGGAACGAAAAAUCUAUUUCUGGUGGAAUCCUUACUAAAAAUUAAUGAAAGUGAAGUCACAUGUGUGCAGAACGGAAUGUGGCCCACUUUAAGGCCCACACCAAGCUCGUACCUUUUUCCGCAUGGUUAAAAUGUUUCACUAUACUAUAGAAAAUAUAUAAACAUUAAUGAUUUUGAAAUACAGGGCCAAAUAUUAAAUUCGUAAAAUUGAAUCUAGAUCUGUUCGAUAAAAUUAGUUAGUUUUGGUACUUUAGAUAAUUUUCAUUUGCUAAUCUUGCUUUCUUAGACCAAAUUCUGAAAGUCCUGAAAACUGGAAAUAUAUGUGAUGAUAAUCAAGGAAUUUUUAUUUUCCCUACAAUUUCUGAAGCACUGCAACAUGCUUAUGAAAGACGUCACAAACAGGUUAGUUAUACCUGUGUGGUUAGAACAUUUUUGAUAAAUUAACUCAUCUUCCCAAUAAUGAUUUUCCCUAAACGAAUUCAAUAAUUUGCAUGAGAUCAUCAUCAGAUUGCCAUUCCGAAAAUGAGAAGUACACGGGAUUAAUUCAAGUCCGAGUAGUUUUUUCCAGCGAGGGCUUGAAGUGAACUGAAUUGGAUCCAGUUCUAUGAAUGAAUAAUUUAAUCAGUUGGAUCCACUCCUAUAAAUGAGUUUGAGAUAUUUUGACGAAGAUUAUAUAUCAGACAAAGAUAUAAUUUGUAUAUACAUUUCAUUUCGUUUCAUUUCAUUUCAAGACAUAGAGUAUCAACUUAAUAAUUUGAUAUCUGAUAAAGUCUGUAUUUGUCUAUAACUUUCCUUAUGUUGAAUAAUUGGUCCAUAACGUGUUGCACUAUCGCAAUAAUGUCUGAGAAUCCAGCGUACGUACCAAACUGAAAUUCAUAACAACCAUCAACAACUAGCUGGUUUGCAUAUGUGAUAACAUUUGCCUUAUUAUUCCCUGUAGGUUCUAUAUAAUUAUAUUACAUGCAAAGCAGUUAUGAUUUACCACAUUAACCAGAAGCAAUCAUUGACUCAUGCAAAAACGAUAUGUUUUCCUUGCAGAUUGUGUAUUUCAUGGAAGAUGAAGAUGAAACUCAAGUUUGA